AUGGCCUCCCUCGUCCACUGCAUCCUCGCCACCCUCGCCCUCCUUCUUACCACCGCCCUCGCCGCCGACAAGACUCUCAACAUCCACGCCUGGCCCCUCGACGCUCCCGCCCCGCAGCACCUUGCCCAGAUCUCUUACAAUGCCGCCAAUGCCAGUGCUGCCGUCGUGUCCUGGAAAGCCCCGAGCAUCUCCAUCACCGACAACGCCCUCCUCCGCAUUGGCCUGCAGAAGCCCGAUUGGACUGGCAUUCUGACGUCGGCUGCCGCGCUUAGUCCCGAGUAUAAGAAGACACUCGUCCUGCAUGCCGAUGCCCAGGGUGCCAUCUACGGCAUCGGGUUCGGCGCCGAGCCUCGCGCCACCUCGGAAGCGGAGAAGAAGAACGGUGCCGUCGAGGAUGAGGAUGUCGUUGAAGUGAAGGUCGAGAAAGUCCAGGCAGGCCCCGCGCCGUUCUUGAACAAGCCCGUGGUGUUGGACGAGAAGGGAAAACUUGCUGGGCAGGAAGAGCCGGAGAAGACGUUUUUGCAGAAGUACUGGUGGGCCAUCGCGUUGUUUGUAGUGCUCCAGCUAUUCGCUGGUGGAAAAGAAUAA